AUGUCUCAAAUUGAGGUAGAUGACAUGGUUGAAACUCUAGGUUAUAAGAAAGAUACAGGAUACACAGUCUACUGUAUGCUACCAGAUGCAGAUAGUGAAGAUGGUUUAAGGCCAUUGGCUUCGUAUAAUGAUGUACUUAACAUGUUUGCAUGUUAUGAGGGGAAUGAUAUUAUUAGCUUGUAUGUAGUCACUUUGCAGAUUAAUAAAGGUAGAAGAGGUAUAUCUAUUGUUGGAGAUAAAUCUGAUACUCCUACCUUUGAUUAUGAAUUUAAUACUGAGUAUAUUUCCACUUUAUGUGAUGGUUUGCCUGAUACAGUGGAAAUAUAUACUAACUCAUUUGAUGAUUUAUCAUAUUUGGACUUGUUGUACUUUUAUGAUGGUGUGCCUGAUGGGGUACACACUCCUAGUCUUGAAAAUAGAAGUAGGGUUGACAAGGGAAAGUCAAAAAUUGGAGAGGAAUGUUCUGGUGUUGGGAGGGGGAAUAGUUUUGAUAGAGGCAAGGACAAAUUAAAUGAUUGCUUGUCUGAUGAGGACAAUGAUCAUCUAUAUAAUCCCCUUAACUCAGACGACGAUGUAAUAAACGUGAGCUUGCAACCAGAAAAGAAAGGACAAAGCUUUGUAAUUCAAAGUGGUGAAAGAGUAAGGAAGAGUAUCAAUAUUAGUGGCAGUGGGCUUCCACCUCCCAGUGGGUCUGCAAUUGGGCUUAGGGGGUUAACAAUUAUCAAGAAUUUGGAAUGUACUAAUUCAGGUUGUCCCAAAGGCAUUGGGAUGCUUACAAGGUCGAAGAUGAAGAAGAAUGACAAGAAUCCCAUUGAUGAAAAUGGGAAAGGCGGCUCUAAGGGAGGUGAGUGGAGCAUGUUUUGA